AUGUCUUCUUCUUCCUUCACGAGUCUUCACAUCACCGCUUUAGACGCGAUAGUGAAUGUGAACUCGCUCUUUACUCUCGCUGUCUUCAUAGGCCUAACAUGGAACCCUAACGAUCCGCAGAAUAGUCUCAACUCCGAUCCGGCGUGCGCUCCCACUGCCGCCAUCGCCGAAAAUCUCGUCGCCUUUCACGUCUACUCCUUCAGCUCCUUCCUCUUCUCCAGCCUCGUCGCCCUCGCGCUCAAGCAGGCCAUCCGCCUCUCUCGCACCACUUCCUUCCACUACCCCGCCGUCGUCGAACACCUCGUCGCGCAUGUCAACCGCAGCGCCCUCCGCAUCGGAAUGCUCGUCUCCGCCGUCGGAUCCGUCUCCGGAUGCGCCUUCCUAAUGCUCGCGCUCGUCAACGUCGCGCAGAUCAAGCUUGGAACGCUCGCCUGCGGAAGCUCGCACACCUACGCCGCCGUCGUUCCUCUUCUCAUCUUCGUCCCCAUCGCGCUCCUCAUCUAUGUAUCGCUCGUUCUCUACGCUUUUACUCGCUAG